AUCAGCUGUGUCCAAUCACAGCUGAUCACAUGGGACAUGUACACUGAACAUCAGGGCACUGAUGAUCAGUGUGCCCUGAUGAUCAGUGUAGCCCCAGCAGUGCCACCUGUCAGUGCCCAUCAGUGCCACAUCAAUGCCACAUAUCAGUGCAUACCAGUGCACAUCAAUGCCACAUAUCAAUGUCCAUCUGAGCUGCCUUUCAGUGUCACCCAUCAGUGCCAGUCAGUGCCACCUAUCAAUGCCAAUCAGUGCCACCUAUCAGUGCUGCCAAUCAGUGCCACCUAUUAG